AUGCAUGUUGACACCCACGGUUUGGCAACCUUUAUUACUGUACAACAAGGCGAAAUCGGUUUCGGCUGGAUUGCUCACGAAACGCCCCAAGAUCGUCUCGACAUCCACAAAGAAGACAUCCCCGACUCUCUGAAACAAAAAGCACGCUACAUAAUCCUCAGGCCGGGAGAAACAGUCUAUAUGCCCUCGGGUACCAUACACUUUAUCUUCCGCCGACAGGCCAUCCCCACCAUGGCAACAGGAGGGCAUAUUCUUACAUGGAAGAGCAUUCCAAAAUGGCUUUCCAUCAUGAAGAUGCAAGAACUGAGCGAGGUGGCUGUUGAAGCGGAUGUCACAAAGGAAUCUACUCGGGCCUGGAUCAAUUGUCUAAAGCAAAUUCUGAAACUAGACAAGGCCUCUCAAUCCUCAAAUAUACCCAGGCCAGAGCAACCACAGGGAACUUCGGCUGCAGAUAAGGACGCAGCAAAGAAAGAGAUGGGUCUGGCCUGGUCAAUAAUAAAGAAUUGGGAUAAUAUUAAAAUGGAGGACUUGUUAGAUGAAGAGAAGCAUUACGGCGUUUAG